AUUUUCUCUUCCAAUACCUCUAAACUACUUAUACUCAACUAACUUGUUUCAUCCUCUUGUGAUCUAUCUCAAUCAUCCAUGGCUCUUAUGGCUCUUUCUGGGUUCGAAGGUUUUGAAAAACGCCUAGAACUCCAAUUCUUCGGUGAUGAUCCCAACAUCGGUAUCGGACUCCGGCAACUCCAUUUCGAUUCAAUUGAAGAGGUUCUUGCUGCUGUGCAAUGCACUGUGGUCUCUGCAGUUGGAAACCAUUACUUCGAUGCUUACGUAUUAUCAGAAUCAAGCUUAUUUGUAUACCCCACAAAGAUCAUAAUCAAGACAUGUGGGACUACCCAACUUCUCAAAUCAAUCCCUCCACUAUUGUCUCAUGCUCAUCUUAUGGGUCUCAGAGUUUGUAGUUGCAGAUACACUAGAGGUAAUUUUAUUUUCCCUAAAUCUCAACCUUUUCCCCACACCAGUUUCAGAGAUGAAGCUCUGUAUUUAGAACAGAGUUUACCCAAUUAUCUUUGUUUUAGAAAAGCUUGUGUUAUGCCUUCAAGAAUGCCAUCACAGAGCUCUUGGCAUGUCUUCUCGGCUAGUGAUGAGCAUCAUAUAGUUCUUGAACAAAACCUAGAUGUGUUCACCAUUGAGGUUUGCAUGACUGAGCUUGAUCCUGUUCUUGGCCGGAAAUUUUACCGGCGAGUUGGGGAUAGUAACUCCGGCGAUGUUGCCGGAAAGGAGAUGACUGGGUUAACAGGUAUUGGAGAAAUCAAUCCCAAUGCACUCCUCUGUGAUUUUGCGUUCGACCCAUGUGGGUAUUCCAUGAAUGGAAUGGAUGGGAGUCGAUAUUCUACGAUUCAUGUAACACCAGAAGAUGGGUAUAGCUAUGCAAGUUUUGAGUGUGUGGGGUCCAUUGAAGAUGAUCGAGAGAUGGGAGAAAUGUUGAAGAAGGUGGUACAAGUGUUCCGGCCGGCUACUGUGUCGGUGUCGACAACCUCAUGUGUGGGACAACAAGUGUGGAAACGUGUGAAGAAUGCUCUUGAGACAGUUGGUUUGAGUUGUGGAAGUUUUGCGGUUGAUGAAUUUCCGUCGACUGGUAGUAUUGUGUUUCAAACGUUUACCACUAGCCGGACGUAGCCGGAGAAGGUGAAGUUAGGUUUGCUAGCCAUAGCCCAUAAGCCAUGUUUACGUGAGGAACUUAAAGGAGAGAAAUGGGUAUGAGAUCAUGGAUGACAGAAGAAGAAGAUGAUGAUGAUGAUGAUGAUGUGGAAUUACAGCAUAUGGGAAAGAGAGGUAAAAUGGAAAGGGUAUGAUGAUGUGGAAGUAUCAUCAAUGGGUGGGAUCAUCAUGAUAAUGCACCCCACUUAGUUUUGUCACGCCCAAGAUUUUUGAGGACAUUCAGAGAGAGAGAGAGAGAGAAUGUGGAGAGGAAGUGGAACUGUUAAUUGAACCUUGUUUUUUCUGCUUACUCCUUCCCUUAUCUCUUUGUGAUUUGUC